GUUGCGAGUCGCGCAGCGCGCCUGUGCCCCCAAAUCCGCAGUCCAACGCCAAAAUCACUCUUAUUUUAAAAUGACAACUUAAACCCACCUCGAAUUUUCGCACAAACCCGAAAUGUUCCUACACCCCCUUGAUGAAAUGGGCAGCCGCUCGAGCCUCAGCAGAGAAAUCACCGAAUCGAUGGACCACUGGGAGAUGAACUACCACGAAGCCGCGAUUUUCCUAGAAGAAGGUGAAAACAAUGAGAAGUUUGAUUCGCACCCAAGACACCCGUCAGCGCUUCCGGCAUACCUUCUCGUCCACAACUCGUGGUACUACGGUUUGGACUUGACUUUCUCAAUAAUCUUGCUGCUGCUGGCAUUAGCAGAAAGCCCCUCAGUUGAUAAGUUUCAACUACCUGUAGGGAUACACGGAACGCUCGAACUGGUCUCCCUGGGGGUUAUCGGCGUAGAGUUAGCACUAAAGCUGCGCUGGAUCGGUUGGACCAUGAUCCUGAAACACAAACGCACCAUGGUUAAAGGAAUAACCCUGUUCAUUAUGGUCCUAGAGUCUGUGAUCGUUCUAGUAAGACAGUCGUCGCACUUUCGGGUCACGAGGGCCCUCAGACCCAUUUUUCUGGUGGACACUAGGGCGUGCGGGGCUGUGAGGAGGUUCAUUCGGCAGAUUUUGCAGUCCUUGCCACCCAUUCUCGACAUGCUGGUUUUGCUACUCUUCUUUGUUUGCAGUUACUCUUUACUAGGUUAUUUUUUGUUUAGUGAACACGCCACCAACUUGUAUUUUCGUAGUUUGAGCGACAGUUUCGUCAGUAUGUUCGUUUUACUCACCACUGCCAAUUUCCCGGAUGUGAUGAUGCCCUCGUACAAAGAAUCGAAAUGGAAUGCGAUUUUUUUCAUUUCGUACAUCUCCACGGUGCUCUACGUGUUAAUGAACCUCAUGUUGGCAGUCGUUUAUGAAACCUUCACCGGAAUCGAAAAAGACAAAUUCCGAAAGUUGUUAUUACAUAAAAGAAAAGCUUGUCAGUUGGCAUUUCGGUUGUUGGUUAGUAAGCAGACCCCCAACAUGGUCAGGUUUAAGCAGUUCCACGGACUGAUGCGCUACUACUCACCCAGAACUUCCCAACGUGACGUCGUCCUAAUUUUCCGCCAAUUAAAUACGUCGGGGACUGGAUCUCUGACAGAAGACGAAUUCUUGGGGAUUUAUGACGCGAUCACUCUCAGGUGGCGCUUGAAGGACCCCCCGGACCCGUGGUUUUCGGCAGCUUGGCCCCCUUUGCGCAUGUUCUGUCGAGCCGCACGUAAAAUAGUAACUUGGGAAUAUUUCGAACACAUUGUAUACGUUUUGAUCGUCGGAAAUGGCUUAGCGAUGUUCAUCCGAGUCCUCGAGUCUUCCGUGUCUCUAGAAGAGGGAGCAAAGAAUUUCUGCGCUUCGUGGGACACUUACUUGUUCCUGACACUGUUUUUGGUUGAAGCUUUGUUGCGCAUUGUGGGUUUGGGGUGGGGGGAAUAUAUCUCUUCAGGGUGGAACUUCUUCGACUUGUCGGUAACCCUAGUCGCUCUGAUUGGUUCCUUAUUAUUAUUAGUACGACCCAACUUGACCGUGGUCGUAAUACUACGCCCUCUUCGAUUGUUACGAUUAUUUAAACUCAAAAAACGCUAUAGGGACAUUUUUGGCACUUUAGUGCUACUUUCGCCCUUGAUGUGGUCCACCGCAAUCGUCAUGAUGGUCAUGUAUUACUUCUUCGCCAUCAUCGGAAUGGAACUGUUUGCCAAAUACGAAUUACGCGACUGUUGCACAGACACAGCAGUGAAAGACUUCUACAAGUACGACCCCACCGCGAACGCCACCAUCGGAUAUUAUUAUUAUUUGAACAAUUUUUCAAACUUGUUGAUCUCAGGGGUAACUUUGUUUGAACUGACCGUAGUUAAUAACUGGUUUAUCGUCAUGGAGGCGUACGCUUCCGUAGCACACCCAUCUUCACGCAUCUUUUUUAUGUUGUUUUAUUUAUUUACCAUGGUUGUUUUAACCAUCGUGGUCGCGUCGGUCCUCGAGGCUUUCCGCUUCAGGAUCCAGUAUAAGAAACAAACGUCAAAACGAGACGAGGAACAAAUGCUUCAUGAGGAAGUGGUCGUCGACUGGAAUUCGCUCCAAAGACAGGUGCAGGAACCCAAACUCUUGGAAUCGUUGCAGUUGGAUUUUGUACCUGGGGGUGUUUCGAUUUAUAUCGGACGGCGCCGUCGGACCCGCGACGUCCUUCAGCGCCAUAUGUACAUCUCCGAGAUCGCCCAGUGGCUCCAAGAAGCCGAGGAACAAGAACGCAUCACCGGAAUCAACUUUGUUGAAGAAUCUCACAUCAACACUAGACUUAUCCAUUCAGAGGUUUAAUCCGUUAGUGUUGCAUUAAUGAUAUUAUUUAAAUAGUAGGACCAAUAAGUAUUGUGCAAUUGAUUAACGUCGCUUCUAUGUGAUGUCAAUAGGCAAACCUUCGUUAAAAAAAUUGUAAUUUGUAAUUACCUAAGUGCAGUUUCAAGUAGGUAAUACGUAGCACACGAACCCAUGUGAUAAUGAUAACAAUGUACUAAUAGCUAGUCUUCAUAUGUAUCCGUUAUUUUUACAAAUUUUUAUUAACUGAUAAUUUAUUCAAAUAUAUAGAUAUUUAUUUACA